AUGCCCCUCUUAGGGCUCCGCAUAACAGAUCUAUUUGAGUGCGUAACAGAUUCGAUUGGCGGCAUUACAAAGUUGCGGUCGUUCUGCAGAACUGCUUGUGAUGCGGGGUAUAACUGGGCAUGGAGCAAUACAUGCUGCAUCAACAAGAGCAACAAUGUUGAAGUCCAAGAAUCGGUCAACUCCAUGUUCAUAUGGUAUCAUCAUUCUGCGCUCACGAUCGUCUGCCUGUCUGAUGUUCCGCCUUUGUCAAAGUCUGGCGCACUGGUGAAGAGCGCUUGGAACACGCGCGGAUGGACAUUUCAGGAGUUCAUAGCUUCCAAAGUCAUUCUCUUUUCUCAGAACAAUUGGACUCUUUAUCGUAAUGACCGUACUCCAAACCACAAGGAUUCCAUUGCAAUCAUGCAGGAGAUGAAGGACACGACAGGCAUAGACCGGCCGGCCGUUGAAGACAUUGCAUAUUUGUUGUUUGGCAUCUUUGGCAUCCGUCUGUCUGUAGAUUAUGGCGAGAAGCAGGACAAGGCUCUCGGGCGGCUCCUGCAGGAGAUCGUGGCUCGGUCGGGGGACAUCACUGGCCUCGAUUGGGUUGGAGAAUCAUCAGAGUUCAACAGCUGUCUACCAGCCUCCAUCGCUUCAUAUGAAGCUCCACCAUGCCAGCUACCACCCCCACCUGAGAAAGAAAUCCAGUCGUCAGUUUCUUCGCUGCGAAAUACGGUGGCUACUGAGUUAUCUUCGAACCUUUAUACCCUCCUUCGGAAUACGAGUGCCCCUCACUUCACAGCACAGAGACUGCAUCUGCCUUGUCUUGCCUUCAAUGUCAGGAAAGCAGACGGACUUCAUAACUUGCUUAUCACCACUGCAGAGACCCUGGUUCAGUUCUGGCCAGCAAGGCCCACUGAGCAAAAGUUUGUCCUUGUCCGUCCCUGGGAUCGGUCUCUCCUGGAGCUACCUGAAUUUGUAGAACCGUCUGACUGUGGAAAUGAUACAGAGAGUGAGGAGGAUUAUGGAACACUGCCUUCUCCAUCAGACGACUGGUGUGGUGAUUCUCCUGUAAAACAGGGGAUGUCUGACCUAGAAUCAUGA